UUAUUAUUUUUUGAAACUUUGACACGAGCUAUCUGACCUCGUGACAGACGUCUAUCCUUUCUGCCCUUCACCAAGCAUAUUCACCGUGUAGUUUUGCCUAAGUUUCAAAAUAUUCUUCAGCCCACAAAGCAGUAGCAGAUUCCAGUGCCUGCAGCCCCAGGCAGGCUCUAAAACGCUAUGACAAGUUAUUGCCAGCAAAAAAAGCUCCUCUCAAAACUGUGUUCGUGUUGAUAAAGCUACUAUUGCUACUAUUCUACUCAAACGCCGCGCCAAGUUUUAGUUUUGCUUUUAGCCAUGCAUUUAGCCAGCAGGUUUUAAAACUAAUGGUGUUCUAAUAAUAUCAAAGCAGUCAAAUGCAUUUGAACAAGACCGACUGUAACACGCAAGUUAUUUUUGAUUGGCUUUUAGCGAGUAAUACGGGGCUCAUUUUUCACUACAAAGCCCAUGUGACCCAAGCGCGUACAUCUCAAGGUCGAACCAAAAUGGCAGCGCCCAUGAGGGAGAGCACGCCUGCUGCUAUCGCCAACUUUCGUUGGUUCACUCGCUAUCGGCUUAAAGAUGAGGACUCCCGUCUCAGUCGCUCGCAUUCUGAGACGUCCUUACACCUCCCUGUUCACGUCGCCGGCGUUUCUUAGCGACGACAAGCGAGCCAGGGCUCUCGUGUCCACGUCGCGGUGCAUCUACCGCAAUCUCGCGCUCGAGCAGUGGCUCUACGAAAAUGCCGCGUUUUCGCCCGACUCGCCAGGCGUGCUGCUCAUGUGGUGGAACGCGCCGGCGGUGGUGAUCGGGCGUCACCAGAACCCGUGGGUCGAGUGCAGCCUCAGCACGGCCGCUCGGCUCGGUGUCACCUUGGCGAGGAGAAACAGCGGCGGCGGCACGGUUUACCACGAUGCCGGCAAUCUCAACUGCUGCUUCAUGGGCCACAAGCGCGGCUACAACCGCAAGGCAAACCUGCAGUUCAUCGCCGACACGCUGAAGGCAGUCUGGGGUGUGCAGUGCACCAUCAACUGCCGGGACGACGUGCUCGUCCAAAACGCCUUCAAGGUGACACGGCUCGAGUGGAAGAAGAGCUGCGAUAGUCAGAUAUCUGGCACAGCUGCCAAGAUAGGCCACCAAAAGGCAUACCAUCACUGCACAGUACUUGUCAAUGUGAACACCACUGUGAUGCAUCAAGUCCUAGGAGGACGCUAUAGUAACAUCGAAAGCAAGGCAAGUCCAAGCGUGCGAGCAUCUGUCAAGAACGUCAGAGAGCUUUGCCCUCGUCUGACUGUGGAAUCCCUGUCGGCCUCGCUUGCUACCAGGUUCAACCGCCAGCAUCAAGACGAAGUGACAAAUGAAGCAGUGAAUCAUGUCAGUCACUUUGUUGAUCCAUUAGAAGAACACUUCCCAGGUAUCGAUGCCAUGUGUGAAAAGCUUCAGAGCUGGAAGUGGAUCUUUGGAACAACACCCAAGUUCACAAUCAGUGAAAGUUUCCCUCUUCCUGCUUCACAGGCCAGCUCGUUUGAUCUUGGAGAUGCCUUGGGACUUAAUGCGGUGAUGAAAGUAGCACUGACGAGUUACCACGGCCUAUUGGAGGACAUACACAUAGCACCGUGCCUUCACAACCAACGACUGCUGUCUGUGAUAUCUGACAGGAUUCAUGGUGUGCGGUUUUUACAGAGUGACAUUGCUGAAACAUUCAAGAACAUUAAGGACAGCAAUCCUGAUAACAGUGACAUAAUAGAAUUUCUAGGAAAGUGUUGUACCACUCUAGCUGGAAAUGCCCAGAGGUGACCAUUUGCCUGCAUACUAGUUUAUUAUUUUUUUUGUUGUUGUUGUCAUAUGUCGACAGUCUCGUGUCACAGACGUACAGACCCGGUGGAGGUGUCCAUAAUUGCACUAACUUUGCCUGGGAGCACAUUUGGGUCAUUCAUGCAAUGGAGGUGGCAGUUCGGUGCACCACUCUAGCUAGAAAUGUCCAGAGGCAAUUUAUUUACCAGUGUACUAGCCCAUUUUUUAAAUUGGGCUUAAUAUAUUGUCAGAGGAAAAAAAUAUAUUACGAUAGCUUUAUAUAGUAGAUGCGCAGACCAGUGAAGUUGCCAAUAAUUCUGCUACUUUCGCUGUCAAGCUCAUGUGGGUCGCUCGUUAAACUUGGAGUGCCCGAACUGGGUUCCACGAGUGGCCAAAACGAAUCUGACCACAUCCCCUCUUAGGUGGAUUAUUAAUUACCCCUGUUUAAAUUACUAGAUAAUUUGUGCACUUCCCUUGUUCUCAUUUUUAGGCUGUUCAAUUCAUUCAUUUCAACAAUUAUCAUGAGGCAUUGGAUAAGCACAUCGGUGGGAAAAAGCAUGUGUGUGUGUGGAGUUGGGAGAUUUCAGAGGCACUCUGGAGGGGACAGGUGGGGCACAUCGUAUUAUGCGUGAGUUUGCGAUAUGCGCUCCGGGACGCAUUGGAUGGCUUCGAUUACCGCUGAUGAAGAACACAUGCAGAACGCACUACAGGCAGACAUGUUUUAAUUCUGUGAUGUCCAAAAGUCCCCCAGGUGUAGUCAGGCAUGUUGCACCCACAACUUCAUUGGAUAGAGGGUGCUAACUCUUGCUGUAUUGUGAUUACAGACUGUUGGCAGUGACAAGCAUCUUAUACUGUAUCUUCGCACAAAUCCUGAAGACAUGGAUGAGUGCAUGGGCAGAGAAUGACGAUGCGGUCACAGAACUACAAAAUGGGUUUCUAGCUGGCAGGCACCUAGAGGACAAUCUUCUUAUGUUGACUCAAACAGUGGAAGUAGCCUGCAAGAAGUCGAGAAGCCUCUAUGGGUGGUUUCUGGACGUAUCAAAGGCAUAUGACAGUGUCCCCUAUGAUCACCUAUUUUGCACAGGAUCACAGACACACGCACGCCUGAAGUAUAGAUUGGUCUGGUACACUGGCUGUAUGCUGGCCUUUUUGCCAGAUAUAUAUUUUCUCCGUCUAGGGCGCUUUAAAAUAACCCGCCUGUUACAAGGGGUUAGCCACAAUUCAUCAUCAUCAUCAUAGUCCGUUUAUAGCACCCCAAGGCCAUAAAGCUAGGGAACACCUGGCCUACAGCAACACUGACAGCAGUUACACCACAUCUUCACGAUGUCAAGUUUCUCACAAUCUUAACAUACUUUGCGUAGAUCAACAAAUCCGCUCAACACAUGCACUUCGCCAUGAAAAUGGAAUAAAUGUCAUUACUUGAACUCUAA